GGCAACGUUAUGGUGUAGCCCACAAAAAAAAGAGACGAAAUUGUUUUCUGCGUAAUUGAACAUGGCAAAUUCCUGGCUACAAAGCGUUGUAAGGCAAGCGUGUGUGCAUUAAAUGAACAUUGUGUGCAUUUUGGCUGGUCUAAACACACACGCGCGUACAAUCGCAAUCGUACUCGAUGGCAAACCAUUUCACAAAUUGACACUGAUACUGCUACCAACUGCUGCUGCUGCUGCUGCUCCUGCUGCUCUCAAGUUCUAAUAAUAAUAAUAACAAUAACAAUAAACGCAAGUGUAAAAAGUGUAAACAAUUCAACACUCCAGUUGCCUCUAUAUACAUAUAAAAAGGGUAAAGCUGCGUGCAGCAACAAGCGAAACAAUUACAAAAGCUACACACACAAACACACACACACUCGCACACACACACAUACACAUACGCAAUGUCGGAGCGUAAGCGUUAUCACAAGGACAAUGCGCCCACGGAUGAUAUUAUCACGCUGAUCAAUCUGGUGCGCCAGAAUCCAGCACUGUACAACUACAAGCUGCAGCCGAAUCAAAGGCGACGCCCCGAUAUACUCAGCGGCUGGCAGGACGUCUCCCAGCGAAUGGGCAAUAAAUACAGCGUGCAGGAGGUGCGACGCAAGUGGAAGAAUCUGCGGGAUACAUACCAUCAGUAUCGGCGACGUUCGCCCAAAUGCAUCGAGGGUCGUUUGUCCAAGUGGCGCUAUGCCAAGCAGCUGGAUUUCCUCUCGAAGGUUUAUCAGCCUAAGUUGAAGGCGCAUCGCAAUGCGCUCGCCGCUAUUAUGCAGAUCAAGAAGCAGCCCGCUGAUGAUGAUGAUGAAGAUGAUGAUGACGAUGAUGUGCAGCAUGAUGAUCACGAUGUGGAGCAUGAUCAUGAUGUUGUCGACGAUGACGGGCAUUCGGAUACAACGGCAUUGUCCUCCUCACAUCAUGCCAGCUCACAAAUAACGCUGGUCAGCGAUGAGGCCGAAACAUUCAUAUUGACCGCCUAUGAGGAGAGCGUUGCCGAUGAUACGGUGCCCCCACAUCAUCAUCAUCAUCAUCAUCAUCAGGCUGCACACCAUCACCAACAACAACAACAGCAGCAGCAGCACCACCAACACCACCACCAGCAACAGCAGCAGCAACACCAUCAUCACCAUCAUCAUCACCAUCAGACGCAGCACGAUGGCAGCAUUUCGAGCAUUGAAUUGUCACAGAUAGCACACGACGACGAUGAGCUGGACGACGAUGUGGAUGAUGUAGUCGAUCAUGAUGGUCAUGUUGUCGAUAUUGUUAAGCAUGAGCUGGACGAGGAUGGGGCAACCGUUGCCGAAGUGGACUAUGAAGAGGUGUGCCUCUACGAGGAGGCAAGCGGCGCUCACUGUGAAAUGGGUGUCGAUGGCAGCAGUGAUGUGGCCGACACAAAAGGUUUUCACUACAUCGAUACCGAUGAGUUUUGCAUAGAGGAUAUGGAACCCGAACCUGAACCGGAAACCGAACCAGAGCCGGUAACGGUAACGGUGCCGGUGGCAGUGCCAGUGCAGGAGACACGUACCACAGUCGCCACAGUGCCACUGCGACAUGCCCACCAUCAUGUCCAUGGGCAUCAUUAUGCCAGCGCAGCAACUGUGACGAGCGGAACCACGUCUAGCAAUAGCGUUUUAUCCGGGGGCAGCAACAGCGCUCUCAAUGCGGAUGCCAAGCUCAAGAAUCUCACGCUUGUGACGACAACAACAACCAGCAGUGCAGCAGCGGCAGCGUCACGUUGUCAUGUGGAUGUUGCAAGCGCAGCGAGCACACAGCAACAACAACAACAACAACAACAGCAGCAGCAGCAACAACAAAUCGCUCUUGUCGAUGUGACGGAGGCGACGAGCACCAGUGUCACCAUUUCCAGCACGCCCGCCGUCUCCAUAAGUGGUGCAACGGUGAGCGUUGCAACGUUGCCAGCCGCUGCGGUUGCCACACAUCCAAUGCAACAUGCAACACAUCCAUCACAGCCACAGCCAGCAUCGUCGUCGUCGUCGGCGUCGGCAACAACAACCAUGUGCAAUAAUCCCACAUUCAAUACACAAACCGGCCACCAUCAUAUGCUACAGAUGCCGCCGCUGAGUGCAGCUACAACCGCUGGCAACGUCAGCACCAACUCGAACAUCAACUGCGUUGCCGUUUCGAAUAGCGUUGCGUCGAGCAGCACGCUGAUCAAGGACGAUGAACAGCAGCAGAUGGCGCAGGCGCUGAUCAAGCGGGAUGAGCUCGAUUUAUUCUUCGAUUUUCUCAAGAAGAAAAUUCAGUACUUUAGCAAGACACAGAUCACGCACAUCCAAAUGGAAUUCCUCAAUUGUGUCAGUCGACAGGAGGUGGCCGAACAGGAUGCCAAGGAUUAGCCAACCAUAUUGUUAGCCUAGUUAGCCCACAUCCCACUCACAAUUUCACUCGUGACAACAAUUGAGAAAUUGCAACUGGAGGACUUUCUUUCUGUCUGGGAUAUUUUAACACACACACACACACAUAUAUACUUAUAUAUAUAUCUAUAUACAUAUAUGUAUAAGGAUGUAUUAUGUACGCGUAUACAGUGAUUGCUCGCUAAUUGGUACUGGCACAGAAAAUGAAAUAAUUCACAUUUUACCCAAUCUCGAUGACAAAUUUCUUAAGGCAUUUUCGGUUUCUUAAGAAUACGAAUUUAAAAUUCAAUUGCAAAUAUAUCACAA